UGCGCCAGGAGGGGGAGCGGCUUGCGGAACCCUGGAACCUGCAGGCAGCUGGCGCUCCGGGACCAGGGGUUUCCUCCGAGGGAGGCGGUCUUGCUCUUGCAUUCCUGUUCUUCCUGGGAACUAGCACCAGGCAAGAGCGGGGGCGCCUCAGACAGGGAACCUGCCUCCCGGGCUCCCGGACAGUAGACAACAAGGCUGACCCCACAACUCGUCCCUGUUUCCGGCUUUCCGCAGGCCCCGCCCUGGAGCUGCAAGCAGUGACCGUGAUGUCCACGCCCUCGUGGGGUCCGCACUGCGAGGGGGGGCGGGAAUAACAGAGGAGAACGUAAAUGCGGUGUCCUGUGGGAAACAAGCCGGGUGGGGGAGGCAAUGGGUGUCCGGAGUUGGUUACAUAGAGUGAAUGGGCACGGAAGGGACGCAGGGAGCGAGCCCUUCAAGUGUCUGGGGAUAGGGCCGGUUCACAGGCAGGAAGUCCAGGCAGCCUCAGGCCCCGAAGUAGGAGGGGGUUGUGGAGGAUGCUUUCCAGAGACCAGCCCCAAAGCUAGAGGGCACAGAGAGGCUGGAGAUGAGGUCAGAUGCGAGGUGCCUGGGCUGUCUGAGCAGAGGGCUGUGGGCACGGGACUGGCGUCCCGCUGCCUUGUGUCUGCGGGGGCGAGGCUGGAGCAGGAGGCAGCGCAGGGGUGCCAGGGCGCUACACCUGGUGGUGCCCUGGAGGGCGGGAAGGGUGGGACUGCUGAGAGGAGGCAGGGGUGGGCAGCUGCUGACCACCUGGGGAGGUGAUGUCGCUAGACCCCCAGCUGGGACUGCUGUGAGGCUGGGGGCUGCAGGAGUGCAGUGUGAGCUUGCAGUGUCUGGAGAUGAUGAGAUGGUCAAGGGAGUGAGUGAGGGAUGGGGGACCAAGCCCCCUGCAGCCCUCCCAGUGGAGAAACCCAGGAGUCCAGGAGGAGCCGGUGAGAAAGACCCAGAUGGAGCAGACUGGGGAAGAGGACCCCAGGGCCAGUUCAUGGGGAAGCCCUCUCAGCUCUAUCUUCAGACCUGCCUAAUGCAGCCGUGGCCCGAGCCCACCUGUUCCGUCUGGGUUGGUGUCACAGCCUCCGCCCCCGACCCCCGGUCUCUCGCGGACAGGGCAGCCAGUGGGCCACCCCCUCAACGCCUGGGUCAGCGUGCAGCACGCCUCUGCGCAGCAGCCCAGCAGCUGCUCCACGUCCCGAGGUCCUGCCUCGGGCCUGGGCCCUGCCCCCGCUCUGGCCUGGCGUCCACGGCCCUCCCGGACAUGCCGGGCCCUCACACCUCACGGCCACGGCUGAGCUGCUCCCAGGCCUGGGUGGCACUCCCUGGCUGCCCACAUGGCUCCUCCCACACUCAGGCCUGUGCUCAGAUAUCUCCUGAGGCCUCUCUUGACCAAUCUGGCAACAAACCCCAGCGCUUGAACACCUACCUUGUUGGCGAGACUCUCAUCUCAUGUAUUGUUGGUGGGAACAGAGGGGAGAUGGACAAUAUCCAGCAAAAUGAUGUGGGCAUUUAUCCUUUGGCCCAGCAAUCACCAAGUAGGAAUUUAUCCCAAAGAUACACUGGCAAAAAUGCAAAAGAUUCAUGAACAAGGCUACUGAUUGCAACAUAAUUUGUAAUAGAAAAAACUGGAACGGUCCACAUGGCAUCAGGUGCAAGUCCUUAAUAAACCAUUGACCCUCCACACAGGGGCUUGCAGCUGUAAAAGGAGCGCCAGACGCCUGUACAUGCCGUCAUGGGGUCGCCUCCAGGACGGUGUCCAGGGCACACCACUAAGAUGGGCAAGAUGGAGAAAAGGGUAUUCAGCCUCUGCCACCGCCUACCCAGAAUGCGGGGUUACUACUAUGCGUUCCACGUACCUGCCUGUGUUAGAAAUCCAUGUGGCUUCCAUGAAGGUGGCGCCAGGAGCAGGACUUACGUCUCCCCGGACCCCUCAUAAAGCACAGAGGGGGACGCAGCAGCGCAGCAAGACAGGUGGCCAACACUGACCCCAAAGCUCCAUGACAAGCAGGUGGCUACGGCCUCCGGCCUCCGCUGCCUGAGGUCAGCACGUGUGUGGAGGGUCUGAGCUCACCCUCCCACCAGAAGCAGCUAAACGCUGGACCACAUCAGGCAGUGCAGGCCGUGACUCCCGACAGAGAGGGACAAAUGGAGCGAGCCAACGACCAGAGGCCAAAGUGCUGGAGGCUGCAGGGCAGGGGGCCAGAGGGGAGGGCCUGUCCGGAGGGGCGCUCCAGAGCUGGGCAGAGGGUGCCGAGUCCAGGCCGAGCCCUGAUAGGGAUGUGCGUGGAGGAAGCUGCCCGGGGCUACGUAGAACCCCUGGGAGGCACCAGGAGAGAUGCUCUGGGAGGUAACAGAGGGCUGGGCGUGUCCUGCCAGCCCAGGAGCCGUGGGGGCCAGGGACCAGGCCGGAAGAUCACCGCCUCAGCAGAAAGGCAGCCCCCGUCAGCCUGCAGAGGAAACGCAUGGAAGGGACCAAGUGUGUCCAGGAACCCCACCUCAGCCAGGACAAAGCGUGAGGGGGAGGCACUCGACAAGGACGGUGCCCCGCGUCUGGAGUCCAGUCCCACUCACCGGGCGAGCAGAGGAGGGACCUGCGACUCGCAGUGGGGGCGGAAGUCAGUCACUGAGGCAGACGCACUGCUGACGCUAAUGCCAGAACCGGUCGAACAGGCGUUAAAACGGUUCCUGUAACUGUAUCCCACGUGUUCAAAGGCCGGGAAGAUGGCUGGGCACGCCUGGACGUGGGUCAAGACACGAACAAGGCCACAGGAAGCAAAGGUGCCGCACAGGCUGCCGUGGCCAGGAGCCAGGAGCCAAAUGCGGGCCACUAAGCAUCAAAGAGAAUAAGAGCGGCAGCAGGUUAAAAUAUACCAAAUAUGUUUAAACCACAAAUACAUAUGCUACUUAAAAUCCCAACAUGGUGUUGCUAUAGGGCUCUGAGGAACCGCCUUGUCAUUUUCAAACCUGGUAGAUGAUGGGAGAAAACCCAUCAUCCACCUGGCCGGGGGAUACAGACCGCAUCGCAGGGUAACCAAAGAAGUGAUGAGGGAUCUGUUUUCUUUGUGAAUAUUCCAGCUAAUACAUGAAGAAGAAAUAUAGAGUUAAUGGGCUUCCCUGGUGGUGCAGUGGUUAAGAAAUCCACCUGCCAAUGCAGGGGACAUGGUUCGAGCCCUGGUCCAGGAA